AAAUGGCAAGCUCACCCCUCCUGGAACAAAAGCACACAUGCUUGGCUGGACCUAGUUUCGGAUGGUGACUGACCACCAAAUUUGCAACUGACACUCUCUUGCUGUAGCAUGCGUCGCCUCACAUUUGUCCAUGAAUUUAUGACAAAUAUGUCUACUAAUAAAAUCACUACGACUAGAUAUCGUUUGCGAAAAAUUUGCUUUUGUUCCAUUUUCAAUUGUGAUGUUUGCUAGAGUAGCAAGCAGAUCUCCAUAAGGCUCCAAAGAAUCGUCACGGCUGCUCAAUUCAGAUGAUUCCUUAUCGUCAUGCAUCACAUGCCCACAGUUCACAGACAAAGACAAUGGUCGUACUAAUCGUAUGGACAAGUGUGCAUAACCAAAUUCCGAAUCACUAGUCUGUGACCUCCCCAGCAACCACUCUGCCGGCGGGCGGCAAUGGCCGGACGAGAGCAGCACGGCGACGGCGUCCGCCGCCGCCGCGUCGUCCUCUUCUCCCUGCCGUUCCAGGGCCACCUCAACCCGAUGCUCAAGCUCGCGGCGCUCCUCCGCGCGCGGGGCCUCGGCGUCACCGUCCUCCACACGGGCUUCAACGCCCCGGACCCCGCGCGCCACCCGGAGGUCGACUUCGUCCCCAUCCACGAGACGCUCCCGGACGAGGCCACCUCCCCCGACUCCGACAUCCUCAGGAAGCUGCUGGCCCUGAACGCCGCCUGCGAGGCGCCCUUCCGGGCGGCCCUCGCGUCGCUGCUGCGCGGCGGCGGCGGCGGCCACCGCCAGGACGUCGCGUGCGCGGUGGUCGACGGGCAGUGCUACGCGGCGAUGGGCGCCGCCGCCCAGCUCGGCGUACCCGCGCUCGCGCUCCGGACGGACAGCGCCGCCGCGUUCCGGAACAUGCUCGCGUGCCCGCGGCUGCGCGACGCCUGCUACAUUCCCAUCAAAGAGGAGCAGCUGGACGAGCCGGUGCCGGACCUCGAGCCGCUCCGCGUGCGAGACCUGAUCCGCGUCGACGGCUGCGACACCGACGAGCUCUGUGGCUUCGUCGCCUCCGUCGCCGACGGCGUCCGAGCCUCGGUGUCCGGCAUCGUGAUCAACACAUUCGAGGCGAUCGAGGCGUCGGAGCUAGCCAAGAUCCAGCGCGAGCUGUCCCUACCGGCGUUCGCCGUCGGGCCGCUGCACUUGCUCUUCCAGACACCGCCGGCGGAGCAAAGCCUCCACGAGCCCGACCAUGGCUGCCUGGCAUGGCUGGAUGCGCACCCGCCGCGCUCCGUGCUGUACGUGAGCCUCGGGAGCCUGGCCUGCGUCGACCACGGCGUGUUCGAGGAGAUGGCGUGGGGGCUGGCCGGCAGCGGCGUGCCGUUCCUGUGGGUCGUCCGGCCGGGCUCGGUCAGCGGCGCCGGCGACGAGGCUCCACCAUUGCCGGAUGGGUUCGAGGAGGAGAUAAGGGGCAGAGGAAAGAUUGUCAAAUGGGCUCGGCAAAGGGAGGUCUUGGCACACGAAGCGAUUUGUGCGUUCUGGACGCACUGUGGGUGGAACUCGACAUUGGAGAGCAUCUGCGAAGGGGUGCCCAUGCUUGUGCAGCCGUGCUUCGCGGACCAGAUGGUCACUGCAAGGUACGUGACGCACGAGUGGGGUGUCGGGCUAGAGGUUGGGGAGGUGCUCGAGAGGGGAACGGUGGCCAAGGCGGUGACGGAAGUCAUGGCUGGUGAAGAUGGAGCUCAGAUGAGGGAGAGGGCACACCGUCUGCAGAUGCAAGCGUCUGCUGCUACGAGUUCGGCCAUGGACAGUCUAAUCCGGUUCAUACUGUCCCUGUGAACUGCGGACAUGUCUGAAAUCUGAAUGAUUCAGGUAUGAAUGGUAACUUGAGAGGUAACCUUAUGUUUGCUAAUUUGUCGAGCAAUGCGACGUGUUGCUGCCUCAAACAAACUUAAUGCCAGUCUCAUGAAAUGAAAUACUUCCAUGUACGGAAGAAUCCAAGAACA